AUGAGCACACCAUUGUGGAUGAAUCAACAAAAAAAGACUGUCCCAGUUACCUCGUUUUUCGAUUUUCAAAGAGCAGCUACCGGCAGAGAAACUCCUGCUGUACGAUUACGACAAGCAGCCAUUGAUGGCAAUAUACCUGCUGUGAAAAGACUCAUAAAAAAGGUUCCAAAUAUACAGAAUCCGGAUCCAAGUAAUAACUAUACAACCUUAAUGUACGCUGCAAGACAUGGUCAUGUUGAGCUUGUUGAACUCUUAUUAAAUAUGAACCAUGAAGAAGAAGUGAUUUCAGUGGAUAAUAAAGGCGAAACAGUAUUGAUGAUUGCAGCCAUGUACAAUCACGAAGAGAUAUUUUACAAUUAUGCAAGCCGUUAUCAAGAGUGUGUUCAUGCUAUCAGUAAAAACGGGUGGACAGCUCUAUUGUACGCUGCGAAGAAUGGGAACGCUAACCUUGUAAAUUACAUGAAAACAAUUUCUGCUGAUAUUGAUCAUGUUGAUUAUGAAGGGAAUUCAGCACUACACUAUGCAUCUGCCUGGGGUCACACCGCUGUCAUGGAGCUAUUGGCAUCAUUAGGAUGCAACCUUGAUCUCGAAAACAAUUCUCGGUUCAGCGCAUCAGAUUAUGCCUAUAGUUUCUCUGUUAAGGAGCACAUGAAAACUUUGCCUCAAGUACAACAAGAAGCAAUCGAUGCAAGUCUCUCUUCUUCAUUUAAACAAUCAAAUUAUCAUCGUCCAUGUCUUUCUUCACUUUCAAGUGGAACCCAUCCUAGUCUUGGAACAACACUUAUAUCGCGAGGUCCUUCUUACAGUGGCUAUGAAUCACCAACCCCAACACCACGUGCAUCCACAUCUUCCUCUUCCAUUGUUGCCAAUAGUGUAUCGAUGACUGUGUCAUCAAGUCCUAGAGGCUCUUAUUUCCAGCAAGCAAUCAAUAGCAGUAAUGGUAGUGGUAGUGGUAGUGGUAAUAACGGUAGUGGUAAUAGUGGUAGUGGAUCAUCUAAUACGGACGGAGAGCGACAGAGAGCAGCUAGUUUUGGAGAUCAAGCACGAUCACUUAGGUACCGUAGUGAAUAG